CAAAUCGAGUGAGUGUGUGCAACCUUUUCCGUCAGUCGAACUUUGCCAACCGUUCAGGCUAGUCGCAAUACAAUUCGCAAAAAAAAAAGGAGAACUCGUUUCAACUAUCUACCAUUCCACAUUUUCAGUAGUUUGUUUUCUUUUCCAUCUCCUCUAUUACGGAAUACUCUUAUUUCCCUCCUCACUCAAAGGUUUCUCGUAACUAAAAGAAAAUGUCAAGCAGAGGAGAAGAAACCCAACACGAUGAAGAACGACCUCGGCCUGUCCGUUUCAGCAUCUUUGGGCAAAUUCAACAACAGCAGCAAAGAGUUUCAAUGUCUCAUCAUCAUGUCUCCAUUAAAGCUGAAAGUGGGGAAUACAUGGAUGAUCGUUAUAAUGACGAAGAUGAUGUCCACCAACACCAGUUAGAAGAUGGGGAAGAUCAACCUUUGGAUUUUUCGGCUAAAAAACCCGAACCUAAGAUCACGGCCAAAGUUGCUGUUAGGCCGAGCAAUGGUCACGAUCAUCAUCAGUUACACCACAGUCUCCACGGCCAUUUCCCUACGCCCAGCUGGGUCAUGCCGGCCACCAGUCAUUCGAGUGAGAGCGGAGUAUCGGAUUUGUGUUCUAAUUCACCUCAAUCGGACAACGAACCACCAAUGCCGGCCAAGAGUCCGCUAGGCGGAUCUCCUCUUGCCCAGCAACCACGUGAAAUCCAGCUGCCUCAACAGCCCAAUCGGAUGCCCCAAGUGACGUCUCCUUUACCCGCCGCUCUCAACGCCAUCUAUGGACCGCUUGCAGCUUUACAAAACAGUCGGGCGACUGUGAAUGGCGGAAUCGAUCCGGCCAUUACGGCGGCCACCACCCAGCUUUUGUCGAAUUUGGCGGCAGUUACGAAUGGUGGAAAAGGUGGCAAAAACCCUAGACCGUUCAAAGCUUACCCUCGCGAUCCGAUGAGUCUACCAUUAGGUCUCUAUGGAUUACCGAUGGCCGGCAACCACAAUGCAGGAGAAGAGACUGUCAUGACGCAAGCUUCAAACGACGCUUACGCUGAAUUUAGGCGUCAAAUGUUAUCUCAAGUCAACGCUACAAAGUCCAAACGCAAAAGUAUCAACGAAAAUGGCAACAGCCGACCCAACAGCGUCAACGGUGACAGUGACGAUAACACCAUUCAUGGACACAAUGGAAACGACAGUGACGUGCCUGAAGCGACCCACAUUCGCGGAACGGUCUCUGUGACGGAUAUGCGGUUGAUUAGCAACGAUGACGAUUCCGAGCAUUCCGCCAAUGAUUCCAUUCACGCACCUAGUGGAGGUAUCAAAUCUCCAGCCAUCAACAACAAUGUUAGUGAUAUGUCAUUAAUGGGGACGUCGCCUGGUGGAGGAAUGAUGUCCGUCUCGGCUAUGGCUGCCACGACUUCAGGACACUCUUCAUCUAACGGCAGCGGCGGCAAGAAACGUGGCCGGAAUGGCGAAGAAGUUAAAGACGAGGCUUACUGGGAAAGACGAAGGAAGAACAACGAAGCUGCCAAGAGAUCACGUGACGCCCGUCGUGCCAAAGAAGACGAAAUUGCCAUCCGGGCCGCUUUCCUUGAACAAGAGAAUCUUAAACUGCGCUUCGAAUUAGCCAAUCUAAAGAAUGAGACAGCCAAACUACGUUGUAUGAUUUACAACAGUUAGACGUAUUGUUUCAAAAUUGGAGUGUCGAGUAACAAAUUUUAUUUUUUUAAAGAAAAAAAUUUCACAGAGAAAAAGUUUUUUUCGUGUGUGAAAAAAAAAAUCAAUAAGAUCGUUAUAUCGGUUUGUAAUUAUAAAAGUGGGAUUUUUGUGUGGAGGACAGCGUUUUAUAAUUUAUGGUGUUUUUAUGCUCAUUCUUUUUAACUCUUUGGUUUUAAUUUUCUUUGAAAUGCCAACCUGUUUCGCCCUCGGCCAAUCAAAGUGCAAAGCCUUGGUGAAAUUUAACUUUAAAAUUAUUCUCAACAUGUUAUGUGCGGAACCUUCGUUUUAUACGUAAAAACAACGAAAAAGAAGCUACGUUUUGAAAACGUGCAACUACUUUUUCAUUACAGGGUAUCUUUUCUGUAAGUCCCUUUUUUGGUUUAUCUGGGGAAAUAGUUUACGCUUAUCACUGUCAUUGGUAAUUAUAUUUACUUGCCCCCUAAUUGUGCUGUCGUAUUACCACUUACCUCGUAUGUUAUAGAGAUUUUAUUAGCUUUAAAAAGAAAACACAAAAGAACAAAAAAAAAAAAGUGCUCGCAAUUUGCUGCCCAAAUUUCUUCAUUAUGUUCUUUUUCUCCUGAGGAUUUCGUCUUCUCUUGGAAUGUAGGCUAUACUACGUGUCUGUAGUGAAGACGAGAAAUGCUUUAAUAAAAAAAAAUAAUGUGAAA